CCCUGACCACCCUCUGCCGCCACCCCAGGCGUGUUGUUGAAAUUGCGUUCUCCUCUUCCCAAGCCUGGAACUCGGACCCGCAGCCCCUCACCACGACCGUGCUGCCGAGGUCCUCGCGGCGCCCGCCCGCGGCAGGUGCUGGAGUUCUUCGCGAGCGGUUGUCGACCCAGGGGACUCUGCGAGGACAGCCUCGGCGGCGCCGAGGUGCCCCUCCCUCCAGGCCACCCGGCGGCGAAGGCCGUCACCUCCGCCGUGUCGACCACGGCGGAGGCGCGGGUCCACCUAGUCCAUGCGGUCGUCCGGACGUACACGGCAGGGGGUGCCGGGGGCUUCGGCGUCGAGCGGCACUGCGACAACGCGAUCGAGACCGCCGCCGGCGAGCCGCCGCGCUGCGACGUGGCGGCGCACUCCGCGUGCGCGGCGUGGCUGAGCGGCGGCAGGCUCGGCGCCCCCGCGCACGGGGCUGAGCUCUCCGAGCCGAGCACCGCCCGGCUGCGGCGCUUCCUCUGCCGGCAGCCCAACGCCACGCGGUGCUGCAGGCUGCCCCUGCCCUGCUUCUCCGAGGGCGCGGAGGGGCACACUUGGGCCCGGCUGGUGCGGGGGGGCGGCGGCUCGGGCUGCGGCCGGGGCGGGGCCCGGCCCUCGGCGCGGCCCCGCGGCGCCCCGCGCAGGCUGCCGAAGAGCCACGCCAUGUUCCGCCGCUUCUCGGCCUCGGUGGAGGUGGACCGGCACGGUGCGGGCGGCGAGCUGUUCUUCGUGGACGGCAGCGGCCGGCGCGCGUGGAUGCCGGACCGGCCGGGCGGAGGGCGCGUCGAGCUCGGGGACGCCGUCGUCUUCGCGGCCACCAGGCCCCACGCAGUUGCUCCCAUGCGCAGGGGGCACCGCAUCGUGCUGCUGUGCUGGUUCCACUUGGAGCCCUGGGGUAUGGUCGCCGAGGCCCAGCUCGCGUACAGCAGGCACGUGGCCCUCCUCACCAAUGGCCUCUACAGCGAGGACCAGCGAGCCGCACAAGCGCUGAACUGGGAGCUCAAGAGGGCGCUGUACGAGGCGAUCCGGGCGGCGCAGAACGCGUCGCGGGAGCAGCGGCGCGGAGGAGCCGAUGCACCGCACGCGUAGCCUGUGCCAGGACACGCGAGGCCGACGAGAAGCACGACGGCGACGAGCCCGAGCCGGCGAGGGCCCAGCUGCGGCAAGGAGGCCGCGGGCGGGUCGGCGGGCCCGAGCAGAGCGUCCGAGAUCCCCGCGGGGGCGCCGCCGCAGCGGUCGCAGCCGGGCCCGCGGCGCGGCCCGCGGCGGGGCCCCUGGAGCGCUCUUGCGGCUCGCUCGCACUCUCGGGGCCUCUGCGCGCGGGUGCUCGGGCGCGCGGGCGCCAGCGCUCUCUGGCGAGGCCACGGGCGCUUGAGGGCUGCCGCGGGGCUGCGCGGCAGGAGCGCGUUGGCGGCGCGCAGG